GUGAUUAAUUAUCAGUUAAUGUUCAUUGAGGAGCAGACAUGGGUUUAGUCCUUUAAGAUUGCCUAGAAUAGAAUCAUUAUUCACAAGCAGAGUUGUGUGCUAGAGUCAUACACUCUUGUUCCAUCACUUGGCCUGCAAAAUCAAAGAACUCCCUUUUACACAUAAAUCACUCCACCAACAUGCGACUCUCCCAGCCAUUAUUCAGAUACAAGCCUUUCACAAGCCAAAAAAUUAAUGGCACAGUGAAUUUUGUUGGACAUAGAACCCAUCUUCAAACAAGUUAUAAGAAAACUGUAGCUCCUAUUUUCAUAACCAAUGGCUCCAAUGCUCCUCUCACCACAAAGUUAGCACCCUGCAAUGCAAUCACAUUGCCUACCCUCUCAGCUGAGGAUGAUGCAAACAAUGCUAACAACCGCACCAAGAAUGAGGUUUCUAAUGGAACUUCCAAGGGAAAGAGCUUCUGGGGUGCUGUUAGUUUGAUCAUUGGCACUGCUGUGGGUCCUGGAAUGCUGGCUUUGCCUGCUUUGACUGUUAAAUCUGGUCCAUUUCCUUCAUCAAUCAUAAUACUUGCUUCAUGGCUCUAUGUCAUUUCCUCAAUCAUUAUUGUUGCUGAACUUUGCUUUGAAUCCAUGGAACAAGAUGGGGUUGAAGAAAUGAGCUUCACAAGCCUUGCAACAAAGACAUUAGGAAGUGGUUUUGGUGCAUUGGUUGCUUUGGUUUACUCAACUUUGUCUUUUUCCUUGCUGGUGGCCUGUGUUGCUGGUAUUGGAUCCAUUUUCUCUCCAUGGUUUCAAGGGAGGAAUGUUUUGCUUGUUCAUGCCUUGUUUCCUCUUCUUGUUGGAAUAUUAAUUGCCUUUUUCCCAUUCAAGACCAUUGAUGUUGCGAACCGGCUUUUGUGCUUCCUUAUGCUUUUCUCUAUAACUGGACUUGUUGCCAUUGGAAUAUCUGUGGCAAGAGCCAACAUAAUAAGCUCAUUUGCUUUAGCCUCAUGGAAAAUUUCUUCAAUACUUCCUAUCAUACCUGUGGCUGUACUCACAUUAGGAUUUCAUGUCAUAACUCCUUUUAUAUGCAAAGUUGCUGGGAACACUAUUGAUGAGGCUAGAAAAGCAAUACUAAUUGGUGGAACGGUUCCUUUAGUCAUGGUUUUGUCAUGGAAUUUGAUUGUGUUGGGGCUUGUGGGGACCAAUAACAUACCAGCUACCUUUGGUGACCCUAUGUCCCUUUUGCUUUCUGUGAAUCCAUCUGCUUUAUCAGCAGUUCAAGGCUUUGCCUUCUCUGCUAUGGCAACUAGCUUGAUAGGAUACGCUGUAAGUUUGCCUAAACAGCUUCUUGACACUUUGGAGUUAGUAUCUGAAAAAGCCAAAGCUUGUGAUGAGCAUAAUUAUAGUGGAAAAGUUGGAUUAGCUUCUUACUCAGGAGGGUCUUGCAUUGGUAAUUCUGGGAAGGUUUGCUUCAAAGGUUCAAGAAAUGUGACUAUGGUUGCAUCUACAAUGAGAUCAAAUGAGCAAGCAUGUGAUCCGAUUAAAGUGCUUGUAACAUUGUCCCUCCUUGGUUUCUCAGUGCUGAUAGCUUCAUUUUUUCGCUCAAUGUUUUCAAGAGCUCUUGAUCUUGCUGGGGUAUAUGCCAAUUGUUUUCUCUUUGGCAUUAUUCCUCCUGUGAUGGCUUACAUGCAACAAUCCAAGAAGAAAAUAAGGAAAUCAAUCAUUCCAGGCGGAAAUGGAACACUUCUACUGCUUUUCAUUGUCUCUGUGGUUUUGGGAAUUUGGCAUUAGAGAUUCUCCCAAUGACUCGGCUUAGAAAUUGGCCAAAAAAGAUAAACAGUGAAGUAGCUGAAAUCACUUGUUUCUGUGAAGCCCCUUUACUCUUUCUGAUAUUCUAAUUGCUAAUAUAUAGUUCAUGUUGAGUAAAGUGUGUAAUGAUAUUCCAUAAAUUGAAAGUAUUCUAGUUGCAAUCCAAUGAAAUCAUACAAGACAACG